AUGUCUUUUGCAUUGCAGGCUGCCUUGGCCAAUAACAUGAAAAAACGAGAAAAGAUUGGGGUGCUUGAGCCAUUCAUGCACCAUGCUACAUGGCAUAUACGCAAUGGCACCAUCUACACAAACUGGGAACAUAUAAUCUUUACUGGAUUGAAGGCUAACAAGGAAAAAUUUGGCAAUCUUACGCCGGAAGAGUUUGCGGCAAAGCACAAAAAGGCUUUGGCAACAUAUGAAGAGCUACGGGACGCAAUCCCCACUUUUGACAAAAAUAUGAAGACCAUAGGGCAGGAUCCAGACUACUUAAACCGACUUUGCAAAAUGAUGAUUACUGCUGCCGGAACAGCUCGGUCAAACAACAUCUCAAGUCUUAAGAAGAAUGCACUCACCUAUGCUGCGCUGUGCCUUCCAGAAGGUCGACUGGAACCUCCGAUCAAUCCCAACGACUCCAAGAAGACGACUCGGGGCUUCAAGCAUCCCCAAUUUGGUGCGCUUUUAGUUCCCGCCAACUGCUUUAAGCAGUAUCAGAAUGAUCCAGAAUAUCAUCAAAAACUGAUGCUUAACAAAGUUACCAUCAAGGCAAAGGCUAUGCCGCACCUAAUAUAUCUAUUCGAUAAGUAUGAUCCCAAGCAUAUUUUGGAGGGAAUGUUUAUGGCCCUAGCAUUGGUUGCGGUUUUUCAACACAUUUUCAUGUCACCAUCCUCGGCUCUGAAGACGCCAGGUGCUAAUUGCACCGGGAUUGGGAAGGCUUGGAAACAUCACAUGAAGUUGGUGACUAUACCAAACAUUGCGUAUACUUGCACACAUUAUCAGUACGCCAUCUCCAGAUGCAUGGACUGGCGUCAAAACAACCAACAUUUCAACUAUGAAGAGUUUUAUAUUGAGGUUGUAAAGAUGCUGGAGUGGGCUCGAGACAAUGACCCCAAGUGGUGGUCGGAUUUUAUUACGUGGUGGAACGUCCAAGUGUUUCCUAUUGAUAAAGACUCCGUUACUGAGAGUAGUUUGUCCGACAAAGAGGCAACAACGUCUACCUUCAAAAAAAUAAAGGCUCAGGUGAAGGCCAGCCACACAGAGAAGGCCGACUUUGUUGACCCUGCGCUAUCAUACCCCAAUUCUGAUUGGAGAUGA